CGCAGGCGGCUCACCAGGCCCCAGAGUGCACUGCGGGACGUGCGCGCGCGCGUUGCUCCAUUGUCGAGCGACCGCGGGAAAAUUCCAAAAAAACAAAAAAAAAAUACAACCCAAUACGAGGCAAAGCCACACUUUCAAGCCACAUAAUUCGGGCGGCGGCUUCCUUUCCACCAAUGCCCAAACUGCUGAGACAGCUCUGGCGAGGACCACCCGAUCUGACUUGUGCGUGGUUUCCCUCAGUGUUCGGCAGGCCAGUGUGAAGGUACUCCACCUUUUCCCUCCUUUUGCAAUGGCUCAAGAUUCAGUAGACCUUUCUUCCGAGUAUCAGUUUUGGAUGCGGAAGCUUUCUCUAUGGGACCAGGCCUCCACUAUGGAAACCCAGGAAGACACCUGUGUUCACUUGCCUCAGUUCCAGAAGUUCCUGAGGCGGAUGUAUGAAGCUUUGAAAGAGAUGGAUUCUAAUACAAUCAUUGAAAGAUUCCCCACCAUUGGUCAACUGUUGGCAAGAACUUGCUGGAAUCCUUUUAUCUUGGCAUAUGAUGAAAGUCAAAAAAUUCUAAUAUGGUGCUUGUGUUGUCUGAUUAAGAAAGAACCACAGAAUUCUGGAGAAUCAAAACUUAACUCCUGGAUACGGAGUUUGUUAUCUCACAUACUUUCGGCGUUUCGAUUUGAUGUAAGAGAAGUUGUCCCUUUUUGUCAAGGUCUCGGGUACACACCUGCAGAUUACUACCCUAGUUUGCUUACAAAUAUGGUUUCAUCAUUAGUGUCUGAACUCAGAGAGAAUCAUCUUAAUGGAUUUAACACUCAGAGGCGGAUGGCUCCUGAACGAGUUGCAUCCCUGUCACGGGUUUGCGUCCCCCUUGUCACUCUUCCAGAUUUUGAACCCCUGGUGGAGGCCCUGCUCACCUGCCACGGACAUGAACCUCAGGAAGUCCUCUGGCCUGAGUUCUUCGAAGCUGUGAAUGAGGCCUUUUUACUGAAGAAGAUUUCUCUCCCCACAUUGGCCGUGGUCUCCCUCUGGCUUCGCCAUCUUCCCAGCCUGGAAAAGGCAACGCUGCAUCUUUUUGAAAAGUUGCUCUCCAGCGAGAGACAUUGCCUGCAGAGGAUGGAGUGCUUUAUAAAAGAUUCGUUGCUGCCUCAAGCUGCCUGUCAUCCUGCCAUAUUCAGAAUCGUGGACGAGACGUUCAGGUGCGCACUCUUGGAAACUGAUGGAGCCCCAGAAGUACUGGCUGCUCUCCAGGUGUUCACACGAUGCUUUGUAGAAGCUCUGGAGAAAGAAAACAAACAGCUGAAGUUUGCACUCAAGACCUACUUUCCUUAUGCUUCUCCGUCUCUUGUCAUGGUACUACUCCAACACCCUAAAGGUAUCGCACAGGGACUUUGCUGCCAGCUACUGAAGUGCAUUUCUGAAAUGCUCAGGGAAGCAGUUGAAGGCCAGACUGCUGGGUCCCACAGAGGUGCCUUUGAGAGCUGGUUUUUGUUCAUUCACUUUGGCGGAUGGGCUGAUAUCGCGGCUGAGCAGUUGCUAAUGUCAGAAGCUGAACCCCCGGAGGCCCUGCUGUGGCUUCUGGCAUUCUCCUCCAGCCCCCACGACGGAGAUCAGCAGAGAGCACAGACCAUGGUAGAGGUGAAGGCGGUGCUCGGUCGCCUGGGGAAGCUGUUCAGGAGUCCGACCCUCUCAGGUCAGGACCUGCAGGCAGCAGCUGGUGAGGGCAGAGAAGCCGAGCCCAGACCACUGGUACGUCAACAGCUGACCAGGCGUCUCCUCCUGAGCUUCCUGCUCUGGGCUCCUGCAGGCCACGCCAUCGCCCGUGAAGUCGUCACCCUUAUGGCUCAAACUGAAGACAUAACCCAUGAGAUUAUUGGCUUUCUUGACCAGACCUUAUAUAGAUGGGAUCAGUUUUGCAUCGAAGCCCCUAGACCCAGAAAAGUGGCCAGAGAGCUCCUCACAGAGCUGCGGGCUGGAGUCCAGCACAGCCCCGUGGACCAUGUGGCUUCGGCACGAGGAAGGUCAGGCUUACAGAGGCAGCGGGACAAAUGUCACGAGUUUGUGUAGUAGGUGCCCUCUCUGAGUGCGAGGAUGAGCACGAUGUCUCGGGAAGGUCCCUGUCAUGGAUUGAAUUAUGUCCCACCAAAAUAUGUGUAUUAACUUGGUUAGGCCAUGAUUCCCAGUAUUCUGUGGUUGUCCUCCGUUUUGUGAUUGUAAUUUUAUGUUAAAGAAGAUUAGGGUAGGAUUGUAACACCCUUACCAGGUCACAUCCCUGAUCUAAUAUAAAGGACGUUUCCCUGGGGUGUGGCCUGAACCACCUUUUAUCUCUCAAGAGAUAAAAGGAAAGAGAAAUAAGCAGAGAGUUGGGGACCUCAUACCACCAGGAAAGCAGUGCCGGGAGCUGAGACACUCCCAGACCAAGGAAAGACUGAUGCAUCACGAGGACCUUCCUUCAGAGCUGACAGAAGGAGAAAGCCUUCCCCUGGAGCCAGCGCCCUGAAUUCGGAUGUUUUGCCUACUGGGCUGUCAGAGAAUAAACCUCUUUGUUAAGCCAUCCGCUUGUGGUAUUUCUGUUAUAGCAGCACUAGAUGACUAACACAGUCCCCAACCUUAUUCUGUACAGAAACCGGACGAUGCCUUCAGCAUUCCCCGUGCCUGCUUGUGUAGGACGUUAA